UAUUAGACCCAGCCCCAGUUAUUUGCCCUACAGAACAUGAAUUACUGAUACAUACGGCAAGCGAGCGACCGGGAGAGCGAAAGCAAAAGCCGACUCUGAAACCCCAUCUCACUGUUCCCCCUUUUCAAAUCCAGGAUUUCCAUUCCCACAUCAAUACUUUCAAAUUUAAGCUAUUCCUUUUAUAUCCGUAUAAAUCUGGCAGUGGCCAAGAUGACGAAGAAGAAGGAAGAGCCGGGGAAUCAGAUGGACGCCGCCAAUGACCACGGCUUCAACAUUAAAAACAUUAUGAAAGAUAUCCAGUUUCUUGGAUCCUCCCACAUGACAUGGAAGGAGAGGAAAGAGAUUGAGAAUAGGAAGGUGGUUUCUUUGGGUGGAAAGCCCCCUAAGAGGCAGAGAUUACCUCUGAGUGUUGCUAAGGCGGUCAUGAAGAAUCAAAAGAAAAGAGAAGAGAAAAUGCUUCAAGAGAAUAUGAUUCUUGGCCGAUUUAGAGGAAAGCUUGGUGGUGGUAGUGGCACUAAAGGAUCCACAGACAAGCGGAGGCCUGAGGACAGGGUUUUGAAGUCAAGUGAAGGCCAUUUUAAAAAUGGUGUACUCGAUGUGAAGCAUUUGUUUCACAAGUCUCCCGCUAAAGACAAUGACUUUGAUGGUCACCCUUUUAAUAAAGGGAAAAAGAAAAAGGGAAGUGGUAAAAAGAACGGAGGGAAGAAGAAAGGUGGUGGUCGUGGUGGCAAGAAGCGCCAUUGAAUGAAACGUGUAAACUAGUAAAGGUACAAGCUGUUCGUCAAUGCCAGUUUUGGAUCUUAAAAGCUGAUAAAAAUAGCCCUUAUAUCAUAUAGUUGGUGUAUGAUCUUCAUCUGUUAUUGUGUACUAAGCUCAUUUCAGUGUCAAAGCCGACAAGUAUGCAGAGAGAAGAUUGAGAACUGUAGGAGGUGCAGUAUUUUAUUGAUUUUGAUGGGGGAGAUCGAUAGUUUUUGUGAUUUUGUUUGCAUAAUUUGUUCAUUCUCUCCCAUAUUUAUUUUCAUCAUAUUGUUUGUAGAAGCAUUUACAGGCAAAGAAAAUACUCUACUUUUGCAAAUGGAUUUUUCAGCCUUCAAAA